CAGCCUCAGUCAUUAACGCAGCAAAUAGGAGGAUAAAUCUCUCAAAUCUGUCAGAGUGUAACUCCUCCCCAACCCAGUUUGGGCCUUUAAUACAAGCGGCGUGGGAGGACGUAUCAGCCCUGACACCGAACAGCUCCUGUCUUGUUGCCGAAGUGCAAACAUCAUGAGGACUCUCCAGGAGAGAAUCAUCGUCGCCGCUGUUUUAUUGUCUCUGAUCUGUGCCGUCCAGGUCAGUUCACUUCCUCUACCCGACAACUGGAAUGGCUUGCUGCAGAGGACCAAGCGGUCACUUUUGUGGCGAUGGAACAGCAUGAAGCCUGUGGGUGCCAGCUGCAGGGACCACCUGGAGUGCGGCACAAAGUACUGCAGGAAAAAUAUCUGUUCUUUCUGGAGCACCUGACCAAGAGACACAAAAAAAUAACUACAUCAGGGUGACAAACAACUUUAUGGACCGCAGCUUCUCAAAAUCAACCCUGUAAUAAAUCACCGCUCUGACAUGCUGCCAGCUCGAACUGAAGACCUGCUGGCUCCUUAUCAAACUCCGUGCUUUGAGUUAAUGUAAUCUGAUCUGGCGCCGCACUGCAGCGUAAACAACGCCAUAAACGCUGCGUUCAUGUGAGCAGUCACAGUGGCUCCAUCUACUGCAGAAUUGAUUUUUUUUUUUUAGGAUUUAAUUUGUCCAAAACGCUCGCCACCAGGACACACAUACACGGAGCUGUAUAAAUCUGUCUUUGAUAAGGAAAUAUAAAUACUCGUGCAAAGUUUGUGAGGUGCUCUGAUUUUAUUGGUUGGAUUUGAUAUUUCAUAUUUAUUUGUACAUAUUGUAAACUAUGUAAACAUUUAUACUUUUAUAAAAAAAAGAGGUUGUAUUGAC